GGCGUUGUUUAACUGGUUUGACGUGCUUGGGUGAGGAAAAAUGGUACGGCAAACUAUUUCUAGAGCAUUCUUUUACAUCGGGGUGACAAAGGAACAACAGCGGAUGCAAAAGUUAGACAAUCUGAAGUAAAGACCAACCCGCAGAAUCGGAAAAGGCCUGAAUUGUUCCUGUCCAAGACUGGAUUUACCAUAGAAUAUCAACAUGUGGUCCACUGUUUUUCACUUAUUUGGGAGUUGAUGGAGCCACCUGGUGCACCUUGAUCAUGGCCCAAAGCAAAUGACAUUUGAAAUUUUCAAUACACUCCACUUUUUGUAUCUGAUGAAAACUAGUAUAAGAAUACUGAAAGAACUCUAAAAGGUUUUGAUUUCCACUGGGUCACUAUGCAGGAUGACUCACGUGAUUGCGUUGAACUGAACACCACAAACCCCAAGGACUUGUCACAUCAAACAAGGGAUAUAAACCAAAAUGGAAAACAGAAUGAGCGUAAAGGAACACAUAAAGACAAUAAUUCUGCCCAGAAUGGGGGUAAACAACCCAGUGGUAGUGGAAUAAAUCAGCUCAACAUUGAGCUAGGAAUUGCUAAGACAAAGAAAUCCCCAGAACCCCUUCAAGCAUGCACAUCCCUUAGGACAACCAAUCCAACCUCAAACGGCAUCGCAAACUCAUCACUUCCUGAAGCCAGUGAAGAAGACAACACUAUCAGCUGCGUAAGGAAAUGUUUCCAAUCCUCCAGAACUAAUCAUGAUUGUUCAGAAGCAGAGCCAGAAAUCAUAGAAGUCCCUGAACGUCAGAGUGCAAGAAUUCGGCGCAAUGCUGCCUCCGGUGCAUGUCGCUGUUACCAGGCAGUGCGGUUAGGAUUUCUGCAGUGUCUGGAGGACACCCCGUUUGUGGUACCAGGCCUGGUAUUGAUCAUCUUGUUUUGUGUGACAAUCAUCGUUGUCAUCGCUGCUAGACAUUUAACUGGUCAUGUAGGACCAUUAGCAGUGGUGUGUGUUGUGCUCUGCCUUUGUGUCCCGCUGUUGGUGUGUUUGCCGUGCCUGCCCAGCUUGCGCAGGUGUGAACAGAUGCUUGCGCUCUCCAUCUGGUUCACACUAUUCAUCACUGCCAUUGUCUUCAUCUUCACCGACAAAGUCGACACACCAUGGGAACAAGUGGCAUUUUUCCUUUUUCUCUCUCUAUCAGUAUAUACAAUCUUGCCCCUUACUGUUUGGUGGGCUAUGAUCUUUGGUAUCGGAGCCAGUGUCUGUCACAUCAUCAUCAUCAGCGUCAUUGUAUCUGUUAACCACCCCAGGCCACGUGACGUGGCAGUGCAGCUGGUAGCAAAUGUGGUGCUGUUUCUGUGUAUAAAUUGUGUGGGACUUUUUCACCUCUGGCUCACUGAGAAUGGACGCAGAAAGUCCACCAUGAGCCGAGAAACCUUUAGCUACAACCGCUCCAAACGAGCUACACAGAAGCGUGAUCAGGAACACCUCCUCCUGUCUGUGCUGCCACGGUACAUUGCCAUGGAGCUCAAAGGAGAGGUUGUUAAAGGCCUGUCUAGUACAUUCACAGGAGCCGAGAAUAAGCCAAACUUCCACAACUUGUAUGUCAAGCAGCACAAAGACGUCAGCAUUCUGUAUGCAGACAUUGUUGGUUUCACCAGCCUUGCCAGCACCUGCACUCCUGAGGAGCUUGUCGUCAUCCUUAACAAACUCUUCGGCAAAUUUGAUGACAUUGCCAAGAAAAAUGAGUGCCUGCGUAUCAAGAUUCUGGGUGACUGCUACUACUGCGUUUCAGGCCUUCCCGAUCCAAUCCCUCACCAUGCACGCAACUGUGUAAAGAUGGGACUGGAUAUGUGCACUUCCAUUAAUAAGCUGAGGGAAGCGACAGGUGUGGACAUCAGCAUGAGGGUUGGCGUGCACUCAGGAAACGUGCUUUGUGGGGUAAUUGGCUCGCUCAAGUGGCAGUAUGACGUCUGGUCAAAUGACGUCACUCUAGCUAACCGCAUGGAAUCUGGAGGUGUUCCAGGAAGGGUUCACAUUACAGAAGAGACCCUUGGAAACUUAGGUGGGAAAUACCAAGUCGAGGAGGGGAACGGAGCCAGCCGGGAUUCUGCUCUGGAGGGCAGGAAAACGUACCUAGUGAUUGACCCCAACACACAAAAUAGCAAAGAUUCAAAACCAAAGGUCAACAAUCUGGCAACGAAUAGCAGACCAAAGCAGAGGGCUUCAGUGAGAAUGUCUCAGUAUCUACAGUCCUGGAAGAGCAUCAACCCCUUUUCAGAGCUCAACCGAACUGAAGAAUCGAUUGCUGUCCCAAUAAGCCCAACAAGUGACAUUGGUCAGUCACAAGAGGACACGGAAUCAGCUAACCACCAACCAUAUACCUACUACCAAGAAAACAGGCGUUCAUUUGUGUCAGAAAAUGGGUCAAUGCAGUCACUGGACCCACUAGAUGUUUCGGGAACCAAAACAAAGAAACUCAACUGGUUGACGCUGCUUUUCUCUGAUAUAAAUAUGGAGAAGCAGUAUCUGCAGAGCGAAGUAAAUGAUAUGCAUCAGUCUGCGGCUUGUCUGGCUCUUAUCUUCACUGCCAUAUUCACUGUACAGAUGCUUACUUCACAAAAAAAUACACCUCUGGCAAUAUCAUAUGGAGUCACCUUACCUGUCCAGUUGUUGAUACUGCUGGUGAUCAGCAUCGGAUUCCUAAAGAAAUGGAACACUAAGAUCCCGUGCUGUAUGAAAUGGAUAUCACUGCCGUAUGGACUGAUCACAAAGUCGGUACUGAGACUUUUUCUGGUCUUCACCUGUCUCCUUAUCACACUACUCAUGGCCAUCCUGAACAUAGUGUUUAUUCCAGGUGAUAACUGCCUAAGCGUCAGCAACAGUGGGACCGCACUGGAUGAUCUAAAUCUCUAUUCUGUACCGUAUUAUCUGUAUUGCUGUUUAAUGGCCAUGCUGGGGGUGGUGGUGUUUGUGCGAGUGUGUUUUUCCGUUAAACUCUUUCUCCUCACACUUGCACUAGUUGUCUACCUUGCUCUCUUCCUGUACGUGUAUGCACCACGUUCUGAUUGCUACAUAAUGCAACUCUACAACCGUUCCAACACAUCUGGAGUUCUAAAUGAGCCUAAGCUCAUGUCAGGGAUUUGGCUUUGCGUCUUCUACAUCGCCUGUCUAAUUCUGGCCCGACAGGACGAGUUGGCAUGUCGUGUUGAGUUCCUUCUAGAGAAGUGCUUUGAGAAAGAGAGAGAGGAGAUGGAGAUGACGGAAAAUGUCAACAAGCUCCUCCUCAAAAAUUUGUUGCCUUGUCAUGUUACUAACUUCUUUAUUGGCAAAAAUGUUCCCAACCAGGACUUGUACAGUCAGUCUUGUGAAUCUGUGUGUGUGAUGUUUGCCUCGGUGCCCGAAUUUAAGGAAUUCUACACAGAGGACAGUGUAAAUAAAGACGGCCUGGAGUGUCUGAGAUUCCUCAAUGAAAUCAUCACAGACUUUGACGAGCUUCUCAGCAAGCCCAAAUUCAAUGUCAUUGAGAAAAUUAAGACUAUAGGCACCACAUACAUGGCUGCUGCUGGACUGACAAAUCCUACCAGAGGAGAGGAGCGAAAGGACAGCGAUGCGUGCAAACAUAAUGUGAGAAGUAUGGUGGACUUUGCCAUGGCUUUAAUGGGAAGACUCGAAAACAUCAACAGACAUUCUUUCAACAACUUCAAACUCAGAAUAGGAAUAAACCAUGGCCCUGUCAUUGCUGGGGUAAUUGGAGCUCAUAAACCUCAGUAUGAUAUCUGGGGUAAUGCCGUGAAUGUAGCAAGCAGAAUGGACAGCACUGGCAUACUGGAUAAAAUACAGGUGACUGAAGAAACUGCACACGUGGCUGAGAGCAUAGGGUUCGUGGUGACCAAGAGAGGCAUCGUGAACGUGAAAGGCAAAGGACAGCUUACCACUUACUUCAUCAACACUGAGCCAUCAUUACAGCACUCAUAAUUCAUAUACAAUACACAGUACAUACACUGGACUGUAUUGAUGCAAUGCUGCACUUAAAUGACCACAAGCUACAAGCCCUGUGGCUUUGCACGUGUGCCAAAUGCACUUUGCUAAUAUUAGAAUAUGGAAUUUUGUUGGAUGUUUUCAUUAAUGCCUUUGUUUACAAUAUUUAUUUAUUAAAGACUGUUUCUCACAUACAUCUCCCAUUUUUCUAUUCA